AUGUCGCAGUGUCUGAGAUUGCGGCCUCCAUGGGCGCACCAUUUCAAUGAGCUUUCCCGUGUUCAAUGCGCGAAACCCAGAAAGGUCUGCCGGCUCACCGUCCGCAGUUGCUCCUCAGCUCCUCAAAAUACUCGCAAGUUAGUUGCAGAGGUUAAAGAAAAGCUCGAAAAAGAACAUAAUAAUCUCCCAAUUGGGAAGUACGGAAGAGAUGACGAGGAGAUGAUCCUUUGGUUUUUGAAGGAUCGAAGGUUUUCAGUUGACGAGGCUGUCUCGAAAUUGACCAAAGCCAUUAGAUGGCGAAAGGAAUUUGGCGUAUCGGGUUUAUCAGAAGAAUCAGUUUCUCGCUCGGCAAAAACUGAAGAAAUUGAAUAUAAUAUAUAUAUAUAUAUAUAUAUAUAUGCAAAAUAUAUUCGAAAAGGUUUAAUUUUUAUGCUUUAUCUUGGCCUUUUGUGCAAGUUUGAUGCAUUCUACUGCUACUAUCCGAGGCGAUUGGGUCAAGUUCUGUUUGUGGAUGCUCCGUUUAUAUUCAAGCCCAUUUGGGGGCUUGUUAAGCCCCUGGUAAAAUCAUAUGCCUCUUUGGUGAGAUUUUGCACGGCGAAGGAUGUGAAAGAAGAGUAUUUCACGGUAAAUACUGUCCCGGCUAGCUUCCGAGAAUGA